CCUCCAGCUAUUUGCCAGCCAGCCUCGACAACAGACAGCCGCACUGUCUGCUGCGCGGACGCCCAGCUCUCCCCGCACCCGGAGCGCUCUGUCACAGGACCCGGACGACCGGCGAACACAUUCGGUCGCGUUUUGGGAAAAAACCUCCGUCUUUGCGAGCUUUAUUCUCCUGUUGCCCCCUCAAGACAUAUGGAGAAAAUGGCCAGACCCCUUCCUCUAAACCCAACUUUCCUGCCGCCGACUCACGGUGUGCUGAAAUCCCUCUUGGAAAAUCCGCUCAAGCUGCCUUUCCACCACGACGAAGGGUUUGCAAAGGACAAGGAGAAAGAGAAGAAGUUGGAGGAUGAGAGCAGCGCCACCAGCCACCCACAGUCGGCCUUCCUCGGGCCGACCCUUUGGGACAAGACGCUGCCCUACGAUGGCGACAACUUCCAGCUUGAGUACAUGGACCUGGAGGAGUUUCUGUCCGAGAACGGCAUCCCCGCCAACACAGCCCAGAGCGACCAGGCCCCGCAGGCGGCGCCGCAGCCACAGGCCCCGCUGCCGCCGGCCCCGGCCCCGGCCGCCCCCCCGACCCCCUCGGUGGUGGACCUCAGCAGUCGAGCCACCACAUCCGUUCACACAGGCAUGGUGCCCCAGAACUGCCUCCAGAGCCCCAGCAGAGCAGCAGCACUGCCGUCAGCUCGGGACACCCCAAGCCCCAUCGAUCCAGAGUCCAUUCAGGUGUCUGUGGGCUACGAGCCCGACCCGGCGGACCUGGCUCUGUCCAGCGUGCCCGGCCAGGAAAUCUUCGACCCCAGGAAACGCAAAUUCUCAGCCGAGGAGCUGAAACCGCAGCCGAUGAUCAAAAAAGCACGCAAGGUCUUCAUCCCCGAAGACCUCAAGGAUGACAAGUACUGGGCCCGGCGCAGAAAGAACAACGUGGCGGCCAAGCGGUCGCGGGACGCCCGGCGGCUGAAGGAGAACCAGAUCGCCAUCCGGGCCGGCUUCCUGGAGAAGGAGAACGCCGCGCUUCGCAUGGAGGUAGCGGACUUGAGGAAGGAGCUGGGUCGCUGCAAGAACAUUCUGGCUAAAUACGAGGCCCGGCACGGGCCCCUGUGAGCCAAAACCCGGACCCACCGGCCCCGCCCGCCCCCCCUCCGACUUCCCCAUCCAACGUAUCCCCUAACCACCCACCCACUCACCCUCCCGCCCUCACACGAGUUUGAAGGACAAUGUGUCACUUUUGGUGGCACUGCUCCCCCCACCCGCACCCCGCCCCACAGAUCCCCUCCCCUUUUUGUCCCUUCACACCUUCCAUCCCACCUCCUCCCCUCGUCCCUAACACGAUCCUGUAUGAUUCUGGUAUUAUAAAUGUCAUUUUGACUUUGAAUUCUGUCAUAAGCUUCUGUUUGUCAGUUCCUUCUUAUUUUUUUUCUGUACACAUCAUUCAAAUAUAUCUAUAUAUGUCUAUAUAGAUAUAUAUAGAUAUAUAUAGACAGAUUUAUAUAUAUAUAUAUAUAUAUAUAUACAUGUGCAUACUUUGACUUACUAUGAGGAGUUAUGAGCCAGCGUACCAGCGGAGUCCUCACCCAGUCCCCUCCCUCUGUUGUUCAUUUUUGGAAAACAAUGCCAUGCUGUUUGUUGUUCAUGUUUGUGCCCAUUUUCUACAUGAAGAUCAGGACUGAGCUUUGUUGUGUUUUGCUCCCUCGAUGCCCUUUGCUGUGUUUAGAAUCAUGUACUGUUGUCCCAGAGUGAUGCCGCCACCCCCCCCGCGCCCCUCUUCCUCUUUUUACCACCCGGAUUCUUCAGUGUUUCUAUUCCUCGUAAAAAAAAAAAAAGGUUAGUCCGUCUAAUAAUUCCCCGUCGUCCUGUGAUCGUCUUUGCCGCCUCUUUCCUUAGCGGAGGCAUGCGGCGUCUUUUAAAUUUGUGUCGCUCACUUCUUGUCGAUGCUCAUGUUGUAUUUGUUUUUUUUGUUUUUGUUUUUUUUUUUGUUUUGUUUUGUUUUGUUUUUUGGUCUCCAUGUCAUGUUUAACACAACACUCUCUAACACUCGGUUCACCCGCUGCGCGUCCUCCAGCUUCUCCGAUAAGAGCACUGUUGAUAUUUUCUGCACGUGAAUCUCCUCUGUGUAACGGCGGCGUGGCGGUGUAGGAUGGCGUCGCCGUGGCAAACCAGCGUCUCUUCUCUUCUUCAUCACCGACACUGAGCAAUAAUUCCUGUCCGGACAUAAAAACCAACCUCGACUACCUGGGUGUUUGUCUCACCUGCGGCCCGCCUCUGCACCUCGUGGUCCCGCCGUGCCACCAUGUUGUGACGGGUCGCCCCUCCCCCUUCUUGUCCCCCCCACCCCAACAACCCAUCUCAGCUUCUUAGUUAACCUCAGUUAACUAAGACGACCUUAGUUAACCUCUCUGCACUAAUGCGUGUCUCACAAUCUGAUCCGGUGCAAUGUUUCCACUCGCUCACUCAAAAAUUUCCUCCGCCUGAUAUUUAUCUACCUUUUUUAUUUCUCAGAUGGAAGAUUGUUGUUGUUUUUUUUUUGUUUUUUUUUGUUUUUUUUUUAAAUAUUCAAUUGUUAUGAUUGUUGUUAUUAUUAAUACUACUAUUGACAUUGUUAUUGGCUACCAUUAAUCACCCUCCUUGGUUUCUGUUCAGAUUUCAGCAUGAUUUCCUCAGCGGAAUGCAAAUCUAUUUGCAAAUCAUUUUUGCAAAGUUGUUGAUUAUUCUGUUUUUUGUUUUUUUUUUUCCUGCUUCUUCCUUUAUUUUUGUUUUGUUUUUGUUUUUGUUUUUUUCUUAGCAUGAUUAACAUGAGUGUUUUAUUUUAGAAAAUCAGUACAGAUGUCUGUAGUCUCUCUUUGUAGCUCUAUGUUUGCCUUCUUUUAGAUGGCUGUAUGAAUGUAAAAGAUGUUGAAAAAAAAAAAAAAAAAGUUGGAUGGUGUUGUCCAAUACUGUGGUUAACCCAAUCAAUUUGUUUACUACAGACCAAACGAUUCAGAACAGAGAUGAUAUAUUGGUUACAAGAGAUAUGUUUAUAUGAAACUAUUCUAUAAGUUGUUCUUUUUGUACAGUAUUUUUCCUAUACAUUACUGACUAUGUAUUUUAAAGGCACAACUGAUCCAGAAUAUUAUUAAAGAAGACAAGUAUAUUACUCAAAGACAAAUGCAUAUAGUGGUAUUUUGAUAUUCUAUAUUAACUAGGAUGCGCUAGUUUUACAGAGAUUCAUGGAUAUUCAGCAACACCCAAACCUCCUGGGCAUUAUUAUUAUUAUUAUUGUUAUAUUAUCAUUAUAAUUAUUAUUAUUAUGAUCAUGAAGACACUACUGCUUAUGUAGGUGCCAUCUUUAGGGUCUCAUGUUAAUCGUAGUGCGCUUAACUCGAGGCGGCAGAUUUGAAAACCCGGAAGAGAGAAUGUACAGAAGGCUCCUUUCUCAAAAAGCAAAAUCCAGACGUUCAGAUGUGGCUGGAAACACACUUGGCUCACACCACGGCAUUUUCAUCUCUUGUCAUGACUUUAACGUGUCUCUCCAGUCAACAGGAGUCAUCCAGCAGGCUGUUGUUUUUUGUUUUUUUUUUUUAAAUUUGGUCUUAUUCUCUUAGCUGUCCAACACAGUAUCCUGGCUUGUAUUCAGCGUGAGGCUUUCUCGUAGCUGUGUGGCUUGUGAAGUGAGUCCGUGUCUCUUUUGUUUGACUGGCUGAUCGAGUCAAUCGAUCAGUGGGAUGAAGUUACUGUGAAGGAAGGGAAGUCCUAGAGCUGGUGACUGGUGCUGCUCUGUGUGUGUGUGACUGGUUCCCUCAGCCUCAGAUGCAGUAGUGAUGGACACUGGGAAGCUCUUUGUUUUUUUUUUUUCUUUUCCUUUAGGCUUGACAGUGGAGUCUCCCCAAACUUGGUUGUUUUUGAAGUGUAGUGCUGCGUGCUUUUGAUGAUCACAGUCCAGACCGGCGGGGGCGACCAAUAUGGGUUUUCUCAAAGCUGAAAUUGGUGAUUUUUUUUUUUUUGUGCCAAAAUUUCCAAAAAAUUCUGUCUUUCCUUCACAAUUGUACUCUUGUCAAGGUGGAAAAGCCUCUGAAGCAGUAUUUACACCAUCAUGGCACAUUAAUUGGCAUUUAAUGAAUUAGUUUGCAUCAGUUGUAAACAAACAAACAAAAAAUGUUAUUUCAUGCCAGAUUUUUCACGUUUUCUUGUAACUGUGUUCCUGAUUGGUCAAUAUGCCAUUGUUAACACAAGGCCAGUAUCAGUCUAACACAUGGGCACGUCAUCGGGCUGUAUUGGUCUAACCCCAGUCCAGACUUGAUCAGACAUUAUAGAUCUGAUCCAAAGCUGUGUGAGUCGUAAAGUGAUGAGUCUCUAAAUACAAAUAAUGGUGUCAAUAUUUUUUGCUUUGAGGGCGGUUCCUUCAGCGCGAUAUAGCUUAUAUCCGCACACUCGACGUGAACAGGGUCCAAAAGCGACUGGAGCGGCGCCCCGAGCUCUCCGAGGCGUCCCUCCUCAUGAUAAAACAUAGGAUAAAGCCAAUAUUAAUCCAUUAUGUGUCCCAAAAUUACCUCACUGUAGAGUGAUCUCACUACCUCACCCACAGAUGGAAAGAGUAACCAUAAUUCUGAGUCUAUUUCAGUGCCUUGAAUACACUGACUGUUCCCCAGUCUCUCAGCAAUGUAACGUCUCAUCACAGCACCACUCGGAUAGGUUCAGAUCUGCACUGAAGGGCUUCUUAGUGCAUCAAAAUUAUUUUCAUCUCCUAGUUUGGACAUUGCAAUGGACUUGUAACCAUUGUAUUCAUGGCAACACCAAUGGACUGUUUAAGAGUGUACAAAAAUUCAACAUAAAGGAGUAUUCUGUCUUGUAUGUCAUAGGAUGGAUGCAUAACACUUUCAGUAUUUGUGCUGGUCAGCCCUCGGCCUCUCCCUCUCUCUGUAAUUUGUAGUGUCUAAUAAAGUCUUUACCGAUUCUU